AUGGCACUGCUUCUCCCCUCCAGGUCGCCUUCGCUUCUUCGGUCGCUGCCGCGUUUGACGCACCCACCUCGCGCUUCAUAUCAUGACUACAUUCGCAUCUCCACACCAGACGGCGGGACCGCUCGGCUAACACUCAAUAAUCCGAACUUCAUCGGUGUAGCGAACUUCAGAGGCGAGCGCAGGUAUCAGGAAGACUUCUAUGCGUUUGCCGCGCUGUCCCUCGACCCGGAGGAGCUGAGACUCAGCUACAAGAAGGCACACAACCUUGACUGGGUUCCCUCCGAAUUGCCCACCACAUUGGCUCGACAAAUGCUCUUCGUAGGCAUCUACGAUGGCCAUGGCGGAUCCACCGUGUCUCAGUUCUGCCGACAAGAGCUCCACGGUCUGUUCGAGAACGUCCACAAGUCCCAAGUACCUGAAGUUUACGCCUGGGCAAAGGAACUUGGCGGAUAUUUCAGACGGUUCACCGGGGGCGUGUUGUCACCCUGGCUCGACCAGAAUGCCGAGUCGUACCAGCAAGAGCUGGAUCUUGAGGCGCGAGCAACGCUGGCAUUCUUUGAGGUGGACAAGAUCCUGUCUGAGGAGAAGGAAGCGAAGGAGUGCGGUGCGACCGCGUCCGUCGUCUUCCUCAAAUCCUUAGAUAAUUUGGGCUACUUUCAAUCUGAACAUCUUGCGCUGACUGUCGCUCACGUCGGGGACACUCGCGUGCUCCUCACCUCGACGGAAGCCGGCAGGGUCAAGCCCAUGACCGAAAACCACCAUGCCGAAUCACGUGUGGAAUCUGUGAGGUUGCGUAGGAUGAUGGGUGGGUUGACCACGGACUCGUUCGGAGAGGUUCGGUGGAUGGGCGUCUUGGCAAAUACUCGUUGCUUGGGUGACCUCAAGUUCAAGCCAUAUGGGGUGACGCCUGAACCAGAAGUACGCCAUAUGCUGCUCGAAGGCCAGCAGUGGUCCCAUAUCACACUGAUCUCCGAUGGCGUGUCUUCUGUCGUCUCAGACGAAGAGAUCUCUGACCUCGCGCGAGGCGCGCUCUCUCCGAAGCACGCAGCAGAACGCAUCUGUUCGUUCGCUGAGGAGAUGGGAAGUGAAGACAACCAAACAGCUCUCGUAGUGCCUCUCGCUGGAUGGGGCAAGAUCACAGGUCCCGACCGCACAAAGGAACUCAGAGAGUACCGCCGCAAAGGAUUGGAGGGCAACGAGCGACAUCGUGGCAGGUGGAUGUGA